AUGUCGGGCAAAGACCGAAUUGAAAUCUUUCCCUCACGCAUGGCACAGACCAUCAUGAAGGCUCGAUUAAAAGGAGCACAGACAAGUCGAAACCUCCUGAAGAAAAAAUCUGAUGCCUUAACUCUUUGAUUUCGACAGAUCCUAAAGAAGAUAAUAGAGACUAAAAUGUUGAUGGGUGAAGUGAUGAGAGAGGCUGCCUUUUCACUUGCUGAGGCCAAGUUCACAGCAGGGGAUUUCAGCACCACAGUUAUCCAAAAUGUAAAUAAAGCCCAAGUGAAGAUCUGAGCUAAGAAAGAUAACGUAGCAGGUGUUACUUUGCCAGUGUUUGAACAUUACCAUGAAGGAACUGACAGUUAUGAACUGACUGGUUUAGCCAGAGGUGGGGAGCAGCUGGUGAAAUUAAAGAGGAACUAUGCCAAAGCAGUGGAGUUACUGAUGGAACUAGCUUCGCUUCAGACUUCCUUUGUUACUUUGGAUGAAGCCAUUAAGAUAAGCGACAAGCGUGUCAAUGCCAUUGAACGCGUCAUCAUUCCCCGUAUUGAACAUAUCCUCGCUUACAUCAUCACAGAGCUGGAUGAGAGCAAGCGAGAAGAGUUCUAUAGAUUAAAGAAAAUACAGGAGAAGAAAAAGAUUCUCAAGGAAAAAUCAGAGAAAGACUUGGAGCAACGGAGGGCAGCUGGUGAGGUGAUGGAGCCUGCUAAUCUUUUGGCUGAAGAGAAGGAUGAGGAUCUUCUGUUUGAAUAAUCUUUCCUGCUCUGGUUCUUUCAUAAGCCCUAACAUGGCACCAUUUUAAUUCACGGUGU